UUGAUAUUUGUUUAUUUUCAGUAUAACCUGGCAUCGUCAUGGGUCUCUAAAAGAAGACUUGCCAUUUCUAUUAUUUUGAUGCCAUCUGGUAUCUCUAAGCAAAAAAAAAACAUUUGAUAUUUCGACGAAACGUAUAAUUAAUUAACAAGGAUAACCUGACUUUCUAAGGACUUUUGAUAUAAGUUGCUUAGUUAAAAAAAAAAGUAUUGGGUACCGAUAAUUCAGCACACCACUAGUUUUAACCUAGAAGAGUUAGGAAACGAAAUUAAUACUUUCGGUGUGUGUUUAUUUAUUAUAUUUGCUACCAAACUAUCCUAAGCCAAUCUUGAGUCCAGCUUAAAAGAAUGCACUAUGAGGAACUUGACGCCUUGGACCCUCGUAAUACCACAUGUACAACACGCAUCGAGACACCUCCGCCUCACAAAGUUGCUGUCUUGAUUCUGGUGCAGCAGUACCUCAAAGUAAAAAAUGCCGCUACAGAUGCAGGAGUCGCUUAUCCUUUACAGGCCCGCAGAAACUUUUGUAUGUUGCUAUUAAAAUUGAUACAGUACCCCGAUAUGACCUACAAUGACCUGUAUAAUUUGCUCACUUCUCCACGCUACAAAAUAAACACCGUUCAUUUGGAAAGCUUUGAAAAAGCGAUGUCCAAUAUUUUUACACUGGGCAUUGAAACAUUGUGCGAUUUUGCUGAGCGCCAAAAUUGGGAUAACCUUGUAUCAGAGACUUUGGGAGUGAGUCAGUUCAGUAUAGUAGGACUAUAUGUUCGACGCGUAUGUGUUAUUCUUGAGCGUUUAUCAUUUCCAGAAAUCAUGUCUUUGUAUAAGAAUAUUUGCUUAUACUAUGAGAAAGGUGUUCGUUCAUUAGCAAUUGGACCACGCAGGGUCACUGGAACUGCAUCUGUUGCUCCGAGUAAUGUAUUGCAACGACCUCUUGGGCGAACAUCGGACGAACAUGGUCACACAUUAGAAGAAUCUGCUUUAGAUACUGAUACUGUACACCAAGACCGAAACCCUCAUAGCAAAUGGUCACCAAAACAAGCUGACUUGUUCGUAGCUCAACAAUGUAAAUUGCUGGAGAAUAACGAGCUACGAGCUUUGGCCCCCAUCGAGCUACAAAGCAAAUUAAAUGAAAUAAUUCAGGACAACCCUCUAAAUUCGCAAGCAUAUUUUCUAGGUUAUAUGAAUCAAUUAAGAUUACGCGACUACUACGGCGCUAUGCAUGCUCUCCAUCGAGCUUUCGAUCGAAGUCCUAUGCAUACGACGGCUCAGUAUGACCAUAAGGGUUUCCAGUACUUUAGUGUCAACUUGGCUGUGCUGCAUGCUUGUUUCAACCAUCGGCGAGAAGCCUUAAACGCACUAAAGGAAUGUAUAAUGUUGGCACAGGAAUGCGGAGACAAAAGAUGUCUUGAUUUAGCUAACUCAUGGUAUUGCUUGCUUAAUAGUAACAAAAUAGAUCCAUUUGAAAAAAGUUUGCCUGAUAUUCAAGAUCCCGGUUUGGUACAGUCUUUAUCAUUAGCAAUUCAAUAUGUAGUGAAAUUUGGCGCCCAGUGUGGAUAUCUACCACUAGAUCUAUUUGAAUUGCUGCUCAAAAGCGAUGAAUUGAAUAACAAAAAUUCAAUAUUGGAGCACGCAUCUAACUCACUGGCAUUGAGAUCUGCGCUUUGGUGCCUCUAUGGCCGUCACGAAAUAUCUUCGCUCUAUGCUCAAUUGCUCCUUCAACUGAAGAAAACAUGGGCAUUUGGAGAUAUAGGUAAUUCAGAGAGUGUAAGUAAAGUGCUCGCUAGCCUCUCCUUAUGGUUGAAUGUGCAAGGUGAAAACCAAAUGAGUGCAGUUGUACAGAAUCAUGCACGUAACCGUUUUCCACGUUACCCAAAUGCGCACAAUUGGAUGAUUAGCGAAUUUCACAUUGCCAUACAGCAAUGUAUUUAUCGGUGCCGGUGGCAGGAAGCCCUUAAAGCAUGUAGUCAAUUGUAUCUGCUGGAUAAAAAUGCUGGAAACCUUCAACGAGCCUCGAUAUAUAUCGUAAAACGAUAUUUCAAUACGGCUCGACGUGUUAUUCAACAGCUACUACACUGUCGUAAUUUAGAUGUUUUGACACAAGUUCGUGUUUUGGUAUUACAAGCGUACACGACGAUUUGUGAAGAGCGUGUGUCAUCUGAAACAGUGGAAUUCCUUAUUCGUGCCUCUGUUUUGGCAGCAUCGGCUUACAUGGAAUAUGAGCAAGCGGUCGUGGACUUGGUGUUGGCACAAGUUCUUCUCAAAAUGAGAAUGCCCCAAAAAGCAUUUCAGGCAGCAAAAAACUGUAUGGAGAAAAUUUAUGAAAAUGGUGGAAUUUACGACCGUGCUAAAAUGGAUUUUAUAUUUGUACGUUGCAUGGUAGCAGCAAGUGAAAAUGACGAACGAAAAGCAGAAAAUAUACUUAAAGGAAUAGGGAUAUUAGAACGAGCUAUAGACAGUUUUAAGAAGUUAGAGGCUCAUGCUAAGGUACUGGAUAUUUUCAUUUACUUGGCAAAAACGUUUCAAGAACUAAAAUCUACGGAGCAGCGCAACAAAUAUGCAUCUAAAUUUAAGCACUAUUACUCAGAGUACCCAAUAGCAAAAGAAUACCUCGGGAUGGCCUUUUAGUAUAUAUUGUAGCUUUGUUGUAUUUACAUAUUAAUAUAUUCAUGUAUCCAAUUCA